AACACAACAAUUUAGUGUUACGCCAGUGAGGUGCGGUGAAUUUCGAUAAUAAACGUUUCGUGUUUUCCAAUUUUUAUAUAUAUGUAAAACAACCACUCUAUCUUCUUCUUCUUCACUUCUCUUCUGAACUCCAUGAUUCCUCUGAAAAUUCAUCAACCGCACCAUCUGUCUUUCUUCCUUUCCCAAAAUACUCAUCUCCCUUCCUUUCUCUCUUCGGUCUCUCACAGACCCAGGUUUCACUUCAAACCCAAUAGCCACUGGUUUUCACAUUCACCAUCUCAUAUCCCAAUCCCUCGCUCCUCGAACCUCACCUUCAAGUCCCCGAGGGUCUCAGGAAUUGAAACAUUGUCUUUUCAAAAUGACGAGGAUAGAGACAAAUCUUCGCCUCAGCUUCAGCUUCAGGAUUUGUCUUCAAGGGGAAUGGUGUAUCAGAAAACUUUGGCAUUGGUGGAGUGUUCCAUGUUCGCUGCUCUCACCGGCUUAGUCUAUUUUUUGAGUAAUUCUCUCGCGAUUGAGAAUUAUUUUGGGUGCUUCUUCUCACUUCCGAUAGUAAUUUCCUCAAUGAGGUGGGGGAUUCCGGCUGGAAGAAAGACUAUGGUGGCAACAACUAUGCUAUUACUUGUGUUGUCUGGUCCUGUAAAAGCAUUAACCUACCUGCUUAAGCAUGGUCUAGUUGGUUUAACAAUGGGUGCUUUAUGGAGGUCAGGAGCAGAUUGGAAGCUCUCAAUUUUUCUAUGCACAAUUGUACUGUGUUCCCCCAAUUGUUCGCGCUCUUGGUGCUGUAGGAUAUGUUUUGAUUACUUCGUUUAUAAUCAGGGAAAACAUACUUGCUUUGAUUACUAUAAAUAUACAUGCUUCUCUAACAUUCUUGAUCACUGCAUCGGGAGUUUAUACAGUUCCGUCCAUGAAUGUGAUUUACAUUAUCUUCGGGGUUCUGGUUUUCCUAAAUAGUGGAUCAUUCGUGUUCCUGCUGCACCUGUUGUAUUCUGUGUUCCUAACCAGGCUUGGAUUGAGGGCUUCAUUAAGAAUGCCGAAAUGGCUGGAGAAAGCAAUAUAGUUUACCAACAAAGGAUUUUAGCUUGUAAAUCUCUCUAAAGCAUUUGCUUAUUAUAUAUUGGGGCGGCCACAUUAGCAGUCUUCAUCGCAUUUACUAGUAAUCUUUUCAAGAUAACAUGAUUACUGUAAUUGUUAAAAGAUCGUUCUUAGCUUACAUCUUCAGAGUACAUAAAAAAUAGCAAAUGCGCCAAUAUCAGAGUUGUUUAUGGUGCCCAAAA